GGUCCAGACAUUUGAUGAUUAAAAAAGUUCAAGAUUUGAUCUGUUGUGCAUUGCAAGUGUACAUAUAAUUCUCGAACAACCAAUAUGCCGGAAAAUAAUAUGGAUAUCGAUAUGGAGGAAGAGGAUGAUCCAAUAGUCAGCUCUUAUGAUAUUUUCAUUAAACCUCGCAUCUCUGAAGGCCGAGAAAUUUAUGUAUUACAAUUUCCCAAUCGCGAUAUUGAGCAACGAUACGCCGGUUCGAAUGAUGCUCAACCUCUCAAAUUUCGAACGAAACCCAAAGCCGGAAUGGUCGAAAUGGAUGUUCCAAUCGAUGCGCGCAGGAACUAUGACAAGGAUAAGGGUGUAAAAUGGGGAGAUGCUAUCAAGAAGAGUCAAAUGGUUAAGGGCGGAGGAAGUCAUGGUUUGCCGGGUGGUUUUGGAAUUGGAGGAGCACAGCCAACUGGCAGAGGAAGAGGACGGGCACAAGAGGUUGAUCCUGAGAAAGUAAUGGCGGAUUUUGAAGGUGCUAUCCGGACGGAGCAGGUUUUGGUGAAGCAAACUCUUGGUGGUCAAAUCAUUCCGGUUGACCAAAAUAGUCCUCAAUACUUUUUAGGCGCUUUUCAAAGUGACAAACUUCAUCUCACUCCAAUUGACCAUAUGGUACAAAUGAGGCCUCAAUUUCAUCAUAUCGACGCACAUGUAGAACAGGAAAAGCAAAACCGACCUCGCGAAGGACCUGCACCAAAGGCUACCGAAGCUCGAGCUAUUCAUAUGACGGUUAAGUCAAACAUCGAUGGAGAGGAAGAUGGAAGUGAUAAUAUUGGCGUACGAAUCUCUGCUGCGCAACAGGAGCAAUGGAUAAAGCACCGAUACGUUGAUGAGGAUCAUCAAUCUGCUUGGGAGUGCUAUCAUGAGAAUAUGUUUAUUUAUCCUGAGCAAGAUGAGAAAGGAGAAGAGCAAGAACUUUCGCCUGAUGUGGUUCCCAAGUUAACCACUGGGAUAGAUGAUAUGACAUAUAUGGAUACCAUCAGCGCGCCAAACAAUGCUGCGAAAAUGUCAAGGGCUAAGGUGGAUGCGCAAACGAUUGAUCUUGAUGCGGAUGAUGAAGAAUAGAAUUGUAUGAUAUGGGCUCAUUCUCUGGCGUAUAAAAUCAAAAAGAUACCCCGCACAUGUCCUUGGUAGACGAGAUACUAGGUAGACAAUUGAACAUACUUCAGCAGAACAAUUUUACACUUGUAUACUUCAUUUGAGAUGGGAUGAACAUCUUUUGAUUGUAUAUACUCGAGUAGCUUUUCUUUCUUUUCUACUUCGUCUAUGGAUUUACUCUAGCUGGCUAUCAAUCAAAGCACUGUGCGUGAGGCUUGACAUAUCUUAAAUCCGAAUACAGGCA